AUGUUCCGUCUCGCGAGACCUGAGAAGGAAGGGAAGAAUCGCUGUUCUAUCCAAUUACUUUCCAAGAAUCUGGUCACUCGGCCAAAAGGCGAUCCUUUACGGAUGAUGAUAUCUGUCUGUCCCAAAUCUACCUCAACAGAAAGACUAGUCGCACAACUCGUUGCAACAGUUGACAAGUCCACAAAGAGGGCCCAGACUCCAUUUCCACGUGUGACCAUCAGCGAGCGAUUGCCGCAGCACGAACGACACAAAGAGGACCCAGACGCAUCCAUUCCUACGUGUGGCCAACACAGCUGCUGCUCGGCUCUUUUCUAA